AUGAAGAUCCGCAUUGAGAAAUUGGGCCCCCGUACAGACACCAAUGUGGCCGGACCUGAAGAUCAGAAGGCACGAGCCCUCGAAUAUCUCGGGAAAAGAAACAACCUCGAGAUCGCGUGCAAACAACUGGCAGAGCUACUCAAGAUUGUCAAGUCCCUUCCUGAGUUAAGUAAAUACUUCCAAUCAGUCGAAUUGCAACACAACUCUGGCUCCGUCCAGUUUGAGCACUUGUGGACCAUAUUCCCUCCUGGGGAAAUCGUUUACUCGGAGCUGUUCAUGAAUGAGCCUCAGUUCUUCAUUGUCAAAGACUGUGACGCGGAGAAGGAUUCCGAAGAGUCACUUGGAGGAGGAGGAGGCCCCAACGAAGUGUCGUGGUCGAUGGUUGCUUGGGCCUAUGACUGGGACGGGAUUUACUUCAAGCGAGUUCCCGUGAAAUUCAAGUUUGAGCAAUAUGCGGGGAGUAAGGUCAUCAGCACACUCCAUUGCCACCCUCUCAAAUUCCACAAAUCAGAGAACAGUUCCCUGUCGGAUGAGAUGUUUCGAGAUAGCCUGGAAAAUUCCUUGUUUGAACGCGGAGAAAGGUUCACGGAAUUGUGUCUCAAGUCCAAGGGAUCGCAGAUGUUUGACUAUGACGGGUUCGCCCUAUCUCACGGCAGCGGUUUUCAGAAUCAGAUCGAAGAAGAUUAUGAUGCAAUGAUGAGGCGAUUUUCCAGCAGAGGCGGCCAGAGGAAUAGAGAGCGAAGACCUACGAAUCCACGUCGCAUCCAAGGCCGAGUCAUGGUUGACUUCGAAGCUUACCUACAUUACUCCCCCUUUCCAAGCAAUCCAGGACCCAUGGGAUCAGCAACCUUUUCUCGCAGAGACACUGAAUGCCGAUGCUCAAUCUGCGUUGCAAACGCCGCCUUGAGAGACAGCCAGAAGAUGAACUGGGACGGCUUGAAGACGCGAGAUCACUUUGAAGAUCUCCAAUUCAAACUUUGUCCGCCACGAGUACUGGGCUAUCACCUUGACUCAAGAACGUGGUUGGAGUUGAAUAUGGGGAGCUACUUUGCAAGCCAAAUUGAUGGUGCGCAAGCAUGGGAGAGCUGUCUCAAGGACAUCAAGGAGCUGCGUAGCUCUGACGCAUUCAAUAAGCUACAGCUUCUUCCAACGCAGAAGUCACUGAUCAAAGACCUGGUACGAUAUCACUCAAGUGGUACGAGUUCGAAGCCUAUGAUGACAGACAUCAUUAAAGGUAAAGGCAGAGGGCUCGUGAUACUACUUCAUGGCCCGCCAGGUAUUGGGAAGACUCUGACUGCAGAAAGCGUGGCCCAACUCGCCGGGAAGCCUCUCUUUUCUGUUGGUGUGUCCGACAUUGGACUCAAACCCGCGGAAGUAGAGCAAAAUCUAGAGGCACUCUUUGAGCUUGCGGCGAAUUGGCGGGCAGUACUGCUAUUUGACGAAGCUGACGUCUUCCUUGAAUCGCGAAGCAGUCACACAUCGGAUCUGAAUCGUAAUGCAUUAGUCUCAGUUCUGUUAAGGGUACUUGAGUAUUAUGACGGCAUAUUAAUACUCACGACAAAUCGGAUUACCCAAUUCGACAUCGCUGUGCAAAGCCGCGUGAAUCUUGGCAUCAAGUACGACGAUCUGCAACGCGAACAAAAGUUGGAAAUUUUCAAGAAUUUCAUCGAACAGCUCAAGCCUGACCAGGUGGAACAAAAAGACAAGAUUCUCAAGUGGUUCAGGGACGAGGAAGAGGCGAGAGACUGGACGGAUGGGCUCAACGGACGACAGAUCAGAAAUAUUUUAUUUUCUGCUGGCAGCUUGGCGCAAGAGGAUGGAGGAAAACUGAAACUGGAGCACAUAUCGAGGAUGGCGAAGAGCACUUGGAGGUUCCACGACAGCAUCAAAACAGUGGUGGAUGACGCACGCCGACGAGCUGAGGUUGGGAGAAAAUGA